CGGCGAAGAAGACUCGACUUCCGGAUUUGGGGCGCCCUUUCGGUAUUUUGUCCUGAAAAACUGACCAAAAAUACAACAUUUAACUCUCACUGCUGGUUUCGCCAAAGCCCGUAGCCAAGAGCUGGCUUUAAUGUGAUGCUUUAAUGUUAAAAGACCAAGCGAUGUCUGUCGUUUUUGACGGGAAUCCUCUGAAAGCGAUGCAGAGCUCACACACUCACACACCGCAAAAUGCACUGAGCACCCAGGAGCUGUACCAGGAGAUCAAGUCCUUCAUCAGUGGUGUGGACACGGUUCAGGGCCGGAAGCUCAGCGUCCGGGAACAUGCCCGCUGCGCCGUGCGCCUGCUGCGCUCUGUCCCGGCCUGCAGAGGAGCGGUGCUGGAGCAUCUGAGGGGCGUGUACGAUGAGCACGUCUCUGCCUUCCUGCACAGCCUGGAGACAGAGGGAGAGGCCAGCACCGGGGUCGGCUCCAACCUGGAGGACAUCAUACAGGAGGUUCAUGGUGUGCUGUCAGAGUUCAUCCGCCUCAACCCCCGUGCCUGGGCUCCUCUUGUAUCAGCCUGGGCUGUGGAUUUACUGGGCCAGCUGAGCAGUAAGCACGCUGGGCGCAGGGCGGCCCCCCACUCCUCCAGCCUGAAUGAGCUGCUGCAGCUCUGGAUGUCCUGUGCCGCCACACGCUCCCUCAUGGAGGCCUACUCACAGUGCUUGGCAGCAAUGCUGGCCUGGUGCCCCGACGCCUGCGUUGAUGCGCUGCUGGACACCUCGGUCCAGCACUCCCCACAUUUUGACUGGGUGGUGGCGCACAUUGGCUCUGCCUUCCCAGGAACCAUCAUCAGCAGAGUUCUGGCCUGUGGCCUCAAGGACUUCUGCUCACAUGGCACCAAGGACCAAGGACUCGGGGUCAUGGGAGGAGAUAAAGGCAGCAGAGUGCCCAAGAUCGGCUCAGUGGUGGGAAUCCUGGGUCACCUGGCGGCGCAUCACUCGGACAGCAUCCGGAGAGAGCUGCUCAGGAUGUUCCAGGAGAGCCUGAGCCCCUCAGGCCCUCUCUCUCCCUCUUCAUCCUCUUCCUCCUGGGAGAGUUCUCCUCAGCUUCGAAGAGCUGCAGUACCCUUCCUGCUCCAGCUGGCAGCGCUAUCCCCCAACUUGCUUGGUGCUGUAUCCGCUGAACUAGUGGAGCUGCUCAGGCCCCCUGUGCUGCUGCAGCUGCAGGCGUUGCUGCAAGGCCUCCCCAGGGAGGAGCUGGAUAACAUGCUGGGGCUUGCUGUACACCUUAUCAGCCAGAGCCCAGCAGGAGGGGCGCGAGUUCUUCGCUUUCUGGCCGACACCGCCACCCCAGCCUCAGUCAUCAUCUCUGGCCCUACACCCUCUCCUCAUGAGGGAGUGCGUGAAGCCUGUGACCGCCUGCUCCAGAUGCUGCUCCUGCACCUCCAUAAGCUUGUCUACAACCGCUUGGAUGGAGGAGAAGGCAAUCCCCACCACUCUGCUUUGUCCCAGUCUCAGAGGGUCAUCCCCUUCCUGGAGGAGCUGCAGGCCCAUGUGGGCGAGCUGUGUGCCGAAACCUUGCGGCUUGAGAGAAAGCGUCACCUCUGGCUGCACCAGCUGCUGUGCCUUCUGUCUGUGUACGGAGGCCCCAGCGUGGCCACCGAGGCCCUCUGCCAGCUGCUCACCCAGGCCCGCAACCCAGAGGAGCUGGCCCUGGCCUGGCAGCUCCACACCCCGCUCUCUGCCUGCCUGCCAGGCCUCAUUCCUGCUGCCGUAGCCCGCUGUGUGGCCCAGAUCCACACACACACCCUGGGGCCCCGGCAGCUCCGGCAGCUGCUGCUCAACCUGGCCGCAGCCAUCCAGAGUCAGGAUGAGGAGAGAAGAGGAGCAGCAGGCACCCAGUCCUCCAUGGCUGUCCAGGUGGGUUCGGCAGUCUCAGGACACCUCCAUGACUUUUGCCUGCUACUCCUUCACGGUGACCCGGCCGUAUCCCAUGCCGCCGUGCGCCUCCUGUCCUCCAGCCCCCUCCCUCGCACCUGCUCCCCGGCCCACCUUCUCCUGCUGUCCCGCACCGCUGUCACUCACUUCUUUUUGGCACUACGGAGGAGAGGCGAAGGGGGGAAAGUGGGGCGAGAUGGGGGCCAGGCAGGAGAGGCGGUGAACUGUUCGGUCCUGCUCCUGUCCCGUUUGGGCGCCUACUCUCCCCUCACUCUCAAGUCGGUGCUUCAGCAGCUGGUGGAGGGAGCGCUCCAUAAAGGCAACGCCGACCUUUUUGGAGGGCAGAUUGCUGACAUGGCUGGCGACCCCCCACUCUCCCCAUCUAUGUCCCCUGACUUAGGAGCCUCACUGCUGGACAUCAACUGCCGGUUCGGCACCACUGUCAACUUCUCCGGCAGCGUGUGGUCUGUGUUUCACGCCGGGGUGAUCGGCAAGGGGCUAAAAGUCCGCGCUGCCAGACCACUCGCUGACCCAGCUGGGGUCAUCCAGAAUGUCCAGACCCUGCUGGCUGUGACCGUCCAGUGCUGCAGCUCUUCUGGACUCAAUGGUACCAUGAACGGAUCUCGACACCCACAGACUGAUCCUGAUGAGCCGCUGCCCAUCAACGCUGAAGCAGCCAAGGUGAUUGCAGUCACACUGGUGGAAAACAUCUGUCCAGAUGUUGCCAAUGGGGAACUGUCCUGGCCGCCAGAAGAGCAUGCCCGUACCACGGUGGAGCGGGACAUCCACAUUCGCCGCUGCUUCGAGGCCCACCCCAUCCUGUUCCCCCUGCUUCACGUGGUGGCUGCCGGACGCCCAGCUCUCUGCUACUGCUCGGCAGUGCUGCGGGGCCUGCUGGCCACUCUGCUGGUCCACUGGGAGGCAUCCCGUGAGGGUUUGGCCACUGACUCCCCAUGGCACCUCCAGGCCUCCUGCCUCCUGGUGUCCUGCAUGGGAGAGGGCCAACUCCUGCCUCCCGUGCUGGGGAAUGUCCACGAGGUCUUCCCGUACCUCACCCCCUUCGAGGUGAGGCUGCUGCUGCUGGCCGUGUGGGAGUAUGUGAGGGGCAAUGGGCCCAUGCCCCAGAAGUUUGUGUUCAGCUCAGAGAAGGGCCUGUUCUGCAGGGAUUUCUCACGGGACGGGGAUGUGGCACGUUAUGUGGCGCCCAUUCACAGUGUCCUGCACAAAAACAUUGAUAGACUGGGACACCUGUGCUGGCGGUUCCAGCUCUGAGAAAUAACAGGGGAGCAAACACAAUUGGAUGUUUAGGAGAUUGUAAAACAGAGGGGGAGAGGGAAUACACUGUUGCAUUGUUUCAAACGUGGACUGCAAAUUUAUCACUUCAGCUCCAUACCAGUAUAGCUGUGUGUGUGUGUGUGUGUGUGUGUGUGUGUGCGCGCGCACGCGUGUGUGUGUGUGUGAGUGUGUACUUUUUGUACCACAUUUUUAGACUUUAUUCUUUUGUAACUGGCUGUUUCUGUGAGAAAGAAAAAUUGACAAAAUAAAUGACGUGUGUUGUACAUUUAAUACAAUAUUUGCCCCCAACAAAAACAGCCUUAAUGUUUUCCUUUUGGUUGAAAAUGCAGUUCUGUUAAAUCAUUUCCAGAUUAUUAGUACAGUUUUCAGAUUGUUCUCACAAAGUACAUGGUAUGAGAUUAUCUUUGGUAUCAUUCAAAAUCUGCCUUGUGUCUUUUGUUAUACAUGCAGCUCUUGUUUCAGGCACUUCACUCAAUAAAUUUUCAGCUAGUUAAAUCA